GACGAAAAUAGUAUCCGCCACGGGAGGACGUUAUGGCCGCGCGCUUUGUCUUCGGAGUUCCCUGGACCUUGGGGAGCUUACGUGGAUCGUCUUUUCGGGGUCUCAGCGCCCCUUGUGGCCUCUGUUUUAGGGGGUACGCUAAAAAACCGGGAGUAAAAGGAGGCAAAGGCAAAGGGUUACCUGCAGAGGCCCUGAAGGACCCAGAAGUAUGUAAGGACCCAGUAAUGCUCACUACUCACGCCAUGGGGGUCAACAUCUACAAAGAGGGCCCUGAAGUGACCCUGAAGCCGGACGCAGAGUAUCCUGACUGGCUUUUUGAGAUGAACCUGGGGCCGCCCAAGACACUGGAGGAGCUAGAUUCUGAAAGCCGGGAAUACUGGCGACUCCUGCGCAAACAGAACAUCUGGAGGCACAACAAGUUACACAAGAACAAGAAACUGUGACAGAGGACAUUGUGGGCAGCAUCCCUCCUUGUUCCUGUGAUGGGAUAUCUUCUGGGGACCCCUCACUAAACAGAGCCUCUCCUCAGAACAGGACUGUGGGCAUCAGGGGAGGAGGGGGCCAGAGGCCAUAGAGAAAAGGGUUUUCUCCCAAGAACUCUGUAUUGGGGGGAGGGGAGGACGCGGAAAGAGAGCAAGACGUGGAAGAGAAAGCUCUUUCCCUUCUAUUCUUGGACUGUGAUUCUUCAAGCCUCCCUCUCAUUUUGCUUUCUGAGAGUCCCAGCAGCCCCUUGUGCUGAAGCUGGCUGAGAAGGACCUGGGCCCAGGCAGGUGAAUAAAAACCCUCCCAGGAGUUUCUUUGGGAGCAGAAUGACA